AUGUUCUCACCACAGCACCUGAGGGAUCUGGUCCACAUGUCUUACGUGGUCUCAGGAAGCCACUGCAACAUCAGGUCCUGUCAGACUUCUCUGCAAUGUCGCCAAGGGGGUCCCUCGCAGGAGACCAGCAUCUCAGCACAGGACCUUGAGCACGGCCACACUCUUCAGGCUGAAUUCAAGAUCCCGCUUCUUUGUGAGGCAGCAAGAACUAUGAACAGACAGGGCAACAGAAGGACAACAAAAGAAGGUUCCAGUAAUUUGAAAUUCCAGGACUUCAGUCUGCCAAAAAAUAGGUCAUGGCCUCGAGUCAACAGUGCCGCGGGCCAGUACCGGAAUAUCGAGGAGCCUCUUCAUUGUGAAAGGAACUUUGCUGCAGCAGUCCUGAAUGGAGCAACAGACCACAGAGAUGGCGAAUAUGAAGACCCUGAGCUUCAUACGGUAGAAGCAUGGCAGACAAUAAAAAUUUUACCAGCCAGGCCUAUAAAGGAAUCUGAAUAUGCAGACACACGCUAUUUCAAGAGUGUGAUGGACACUCCCUUUUCCUUGGAUGCCAAGACCUCCAUCCCUACGAAGAGCCAACACUGGCACACACGGAUGGGGAUGGAAGAAGUGAACAAACACAUUUCCAAGGAUUCCAGAAGCCAUCAUGCCAAAGGAGACAGACCCGCAAAGGGAAGCAAGACUCCUUUACCGCCUCCUCGGCCACCUGUCACUCUUCCAAAGAAGUACCAGCCCUUGCCACCCCAGCCAGAGAGCAGCUGGUCACCCCUCCCUCAGAGGCUCACCGUUCCCGAUGUCCAGAGAGGACCCAGACAGAUAAGCUUAAAGGACUUACAUGAGGUCCUUGGAACAGAGAGAGUUCCUCAUUACAAGAUGAAGCCUGAAUCAAUUCACCUGUCACAAAAUCAAUGUACUCAAGAGAUUCCUCUUGCCGUCACCAGCUCACCACUCACGACAAGGAACCAAAGUGUGCAAAACAGAGAUCAUAAAGAAAGCAUGCAGUUCCAUCCUCCCCAGAGAUGUCAGUCUCCAACCCGCUUCGGCCCUCAGGAAACCUUACCGCACUAUAAAAACACAAGCUGGAGAAAACCUUUCCCCACAAGUUCCAGUGAAAAGGAUGUCCAGCAGAAUGACUGGUACAUUGGAGAAUACAGUCGCCACGUGGUGGAAGAGGCAUUAAGGAAGGAGAACAAGGACGGCACUUUCUUGGUCCGAGACUGUUCCACGAAGUCCAGGGCAGAACCCUAUGUUUUGGUGGUGUUUUAUGGGAACAAAGUCUACAAUGUGAAAAUCCGUUUCCUGGAGAAGAAUCAGCAGUUUGCCCUGGGGACAGGACUCAGGGGAAAUGAGAAGUUUAAUUCGGUGGAAGACAUGAUCGAACACUACAAGUAUUUCCCCAUCAUGCUAAUUGAUGGGAAAGAUAAAACUGGAAGCCACAGGACACAAUGCUACCUGACUCGGCCGCUCCCCCUCAUGAUCUUCUCACCUUGGCUGGCGUGGAAACAGGCUGUGCAGAGCGCCACAGCUCGUGUGCAGGAAGAAUAA